AUGUCCUCGACAGCUCUUCCCAAGCGCGUUGCGCUGCAUCGCAACCCAACCACGGACUCCUCCGUCCCCAGCUCCGUCUCUCACUCUCCUUUCGACAGUCCUCGUCAGUCCCCUUCGUCGACGUCGCUCUCCUCAAUGGCGUCGGAUGCCGAGAACACCAGCGGCAAGAUGAUCGACACCUAUGGUAACGAGUUCAAGAUCCCCGAUUACACCAUCAAGCAGAUCCGGGAUGCCAUCCCUGCUCACUGCUACCAACGCUCGGCUGUCAAGAGUUUGUACUAUGUCUUCCGGGACAUGGCCAUCCUUGCGGCCGUCUUCUAUGUCUUCCACAACUAUGUCACCCCCGAGACCGUGCCCUCCAUGCCGGUGCGCGUCGCUCUGUGGACUCUUUAUACCGUCGUCCAGGGUCUGGUCGGUACUGGCGUUUGGGUUCUGGCACAUGAGUGCGGUCACCAAGCAUUCUCCCCUUCGAAGGUCUUGAACGACACUGUUGGAUGGGUCUGCCACUCUCUUCUGCUCGUCCCUUAUUUCUCCUGGAAGAUCUCCCACGGCAAGCACCACAAGGCCACCGGUAACCUCGCCCGUGAUAUGGUCUUCGUACCCAAGACCAGGGAAGAAUAUGCCUCCCGGAUCGGCCGCGCCGCUCAUGAGCUCAGCGAAUUGAUGGAGGAGACACCCAUCCUGACCGCGUCCAACCUCGUUCUCCAGCAGCUGUUCGGAUGGCCCAUGUAUCUCUUGACCAAUGUCACUGGCCACAACAACCACGAGCGCCAGCCCGAGGGACGCGGCAAGGGCAAGCGGAACGGCUACUUUGGUGGUGUCAACCACUUCAACCCUUCUAGCCCCCUGUAUGAGGCCAAGGAUGCCAAGCUGAUCGCCCUGAGCGAUCUCGGUCUCUUCCUUGUGGGAAGCCUCCUCUACUAUAUCGGAUCGACCUAUGGCUGGCUCAACCUCCUUGUCUGGUACGGCAUUCCUUACCUCUGGGUAAACCACUGGCUCGUUGCCAUCACUUUCCUCCAGCACACCGACCCCACCCUUCCCCACUACCGGCCUGAGGCCUGGGAUUUCACCCGUGGAGCUGCCGCUACGAUUGACCGUGACUUCGGCUUUGUCGGCCGCCACAUCUUCCACGGCAUCAUCGAGACCCACGUCCUUCACCACUAUGUCAGCACUAUCCCCUUCUACAACGCUGAUGAGGCCAGCGAGGCCAUCAAGAAGGUCAUGGGGCCGCACUACCGCAGCGAGGCUCACACCGGCUGGACUGGUUUCUUCAAGGCCCUCUGGACCAGCGCUCGCACCUGCCAGUGGGUUGAGCCCACCGAGGGUGCCAAGGGCGAAAGCCAGCACGUUCUUUUCUACCGCAACACCAACGGCAUCGGUGUCCCUCCUGCCAAGAUUCCCGCCAAAUAG